UGUGACGCGUAUCAGCCAUUUUAGGUUGUUUGUUCUUACAGGCUCUGUUAUUCAGAACAGAGAGAAACAUACCGUUGGAACUGAGGACAGACAAUUGAGCAAAAACAUCAUUUUAUUAAUUCAUUGUAGAGUAUGGGUCCGCCAGGGAGCAGAAACUGCUGUGUAACAUUUGAAGGAAUGGAGGAUUUCGGCUGGUUGGUCAGUUUAUCUUGACAUGGCUUACCGGAGGAUGGGGGCCAACGUUUAAAAGAAGAAGAAAAAAAAACAGAAGUAAAACUAUUUAAAAAUAAGAAAGUGAAAACAGAACUGAGUCGACUUUUCAAUGAUAAUUUAAGAAAGGAUAUAAUUGAUGUAUAACCUGUAGCCAUGGCGUUACUGUAAGAGGUUACAACAUGUCGAAAUCUACUGUACCUAAGCUUAAAAAAACGGAACUAGACAGAAUGUAAAAAACAGAGAGCCAUUACUCACAGGCCGGGAUUACGUUGCGUGGUACGGGGAGAUAAGAUGUAGUUGUAUAGUCUGAAAGGGCUCGUAACAACCACCGCUAUAAUUACGAUUACUAAGGUAUUGGUAAUGCUGAUGAACUCAGUAAUGACUUAUCCGUUUUUUUCCUUUUCCUCUGCUGGUGUCAUCUUUGUUUGGCAUGUGCUUGCAUCUGCCAUGGUCAUUUCUACCCAUCCUUUAAUUUCAUGUUCAUAAGUCACUUAAGACAAAAAAAUAAGUAACACCAGCCAUGAAUGAGGUUGGGAGAAGCCAAACAUGUGUACCUAUUGUUUUAUAUUUGGUAGCAGUUGUGUAGGCAUGGAUUUGGCAGCAUCCUUUCAGUUAUUGCCAUUUGCAUUUAUAAAAAUAAAUCGCAGCAUGGUUUGAUUUGGGUUUUUUUUCCCGGUUGCUUUCACACUUACUGUUUUAUUCGGACCCGUUGUUGUGACACUGAAAUAUCUUUUUGGUGGACUGUUGAGUUAAAUUGUAGUUUUUCAACAUAAAAGUAUGAUUUCAUAAUUUUAAAAUAUAGUAUAUAAACAACACUCGGUAUCUUUUCCAUCAUGACUGGAAAAAUGACUUAAAUUCUUUAUAACAGUCCUGUCCUUUAGAUGUAGAAUGGGACUUAAGUAGUGUAAGAAACAUUCUUACUCCUAGUUUCUCAGAAGAAACUCGCCCCCUGUCUCAAAUUAAAAAAAAAAUAAAUGAAUAAAAAAAGCAAACGCCACCAGUAAUUCACAAUGGGGGACCCAACCUCCCGAAAAAAACAAACUAUGAACCGACUUCGUGCUCAGCUUAGGAAGAAAAAGGAAUCGCUAGCUGAUCAGUUUGAUUUUAAGAUGUACAUUGCCUUUGUAUUCAAGGAUAAGAAGAAAAACUCUGCGCUUUUCGAAGUAGCUGAAGUGGUACCAGUUAUGACCAAUAACUAUGAGGAGAAUAUUCUUAAGGGUGUGCGGGAUUGCAGCUACUCUUUGGAAAGUUCCUUGGAGCUUCUGCAGAAGGAUGUUGUGCAGUUGCACGCACCUCGCUACCAGUCCAUGCGCAGGGAUGUCAUAGGUUGUACCCAGGAGAUGGACUUCAUCCUUUGGCCUCGCAAUGAUAUAGAGAAAAUAGUCUGUCUCCUGUUUUCCAGGUGGAAGGGAUCCGAUGAUGAGCCCUUUAGGCCUGUUCAGGCCAAGUUUGAAUUUCAUCAUGGAGACUAUGAAAAGCAGUUUCUGCAUGCACUGAGCCGGAAGGACAAGGCAGGAAUUGUCAUGAACAACCCUAGCCAUUCGCUGUUCCUCUUUAUCGACAGACAGCACUUGCAGACUCCAAAAAACAAGGCCACAGUUUUCAAGUUGUGCAGCAUCUGCUUGUACCUGCCGCAGGACCAGCUGACCCAGUGGGGGGUGGGAAGCAUUGAGGACCACCUCCAUCCCUACAUGCCAGAUUAGGAUCUGGGCCAGCAAAACGGGGAAGAACACCGAAAAUUACAACAGCAAAUUCUCACUUUUUCAUCUCCACAGAGUUUUUAGAAGACAAGUGAACUUGUGCUUGGAACACUUAUGUUAACAAUUCUCAUUCAUCCUGGAUCUAACAUUUUAUGAUUCAUUUUAUUUUUAUUUUGCGCUUUUUGUUUAGCUUUUUUAAACCCAUUUGUAUUGCUGAACUUUUGUUCAUUUUUUUUUCCUUGCAUGAACAUUGUGGUUUGCUUUUUGCAGUAGUGUUAUUUUUGUAGAAAUAACAAUUAUACACACAACAGGAACAAAUGUCAAAUCUUAAGGUGGUCUUCUCAUUUUCUGCUGGUCAUGUACACUUGUCAAAAGCUAUACACUCUAAAUGUCAGUAUUUACACAGGAUGAUGGAUGAAUCAUAUCAGAGAAAUAUAGAAAUGAGUGAAGGCAUACAAUCAAAACAGGUGUAUUACUGUAUAGCCUAUUCUAAAUCCUGAAACUGCAUUGGAACACGAGCAGCUAAAGUGGGGUGGGGGAUAUUUUGGGUUCAGAGAUUUUUCUUCAAUGUAGGCAUUGUGGCUGCUUUUUUAUUUAUUUUUUUUUUUUGCUGUACACAAGUGUCUAGAAAGAUUGGUUUACGUCUUGCACAUGUUAUCGAAAGGCAGACCCUAAAAAAGACCAGAGAUGUAAGAAGCUUAAAAAAAGGUAGCAAAGAUAAUUAUUCUGGUGCAAUGUUAUUGUAAUGCAAAGUUCUAACUGCAAAACUGCUUAAAAUGAUUAAAAAAAUAUUUUUAAUGGAUACGGUCACACUAAUUGUUACCAUACAAGAAAGAUAUGCAUAACAUUCUAGCUACUGAAAACAUGAUAUGUACAGAUUAACAUGUGGGGGAGAUGCAUUUGCAAAACAGCUGAGGUACCGAGCAAUUCUAAACUGUGGUCAAAAAAUGGGAGUGCUUAAAUUUAAGCAUAUUUUGACAUGCAUAGCUCUAACAGUGUAAAUGUCGCCGUGCUUUAUUGGAAUAGGUAUUUGUAAGAUGGCUUUACUGGGAAUAAAAGCAUGAAUCAUUUGCAAAUUUAAAGUUGCCUUCUGUUAUAAAUUUGAAAGUAAAGUAAUUUGAAAUAAAGGGUGAAAAUAAUGUUUCUAAAUGGUUCUGUACAUUUAUUUCCUAUGUUAUUAACCAAGGCACAGUAGCAAGGGAUUACAAAUAGUUUAAUAACUUGUCUCUUGUUCAAAAAGUCAAGUUCUUAUUUCUGUGUAGGUGAUCACAUAUCCACUUAUGUUUGGCAUGUUCCUAUUUAGCUAAUAGUGUUUAAAUAAAAACUAUUUCUUGG